GCACCUUGCGGACCCUGUCUCGAGCCUGUGCUCCCCCAAUUCCCAACUUGGCCGACUCGGAUGCAACACAGUCCACCGAUUGUGAGACAAGUUCUCCCAGCAACGCCGCAGACCCCUUCUGCAGUCUUGUCCUUUCCUUUUCUCUUCCGACCAACACGCACAAUACCGUGGAAACCCAAUUCGAUUCAGCGGAUAGCGAGCUAAAUCCCCGACGAGUAAAGCAGACACGAGCAGAGACCGAGCAGCUCUUCGUCUGCUCACCGACCACACUACCCAUCGCCCCGCCGAGCUUUUUCACCAUGCCCAUUAACCCGGAAACCCAAAUGGGGGGUCCGGCACCUCCUGCCCCCGGUGUCCCCACGAAGCGCGGGUCAUCCGACGAGCUGCUGAAUGUAUACGACGACGCGAAAACCUACUAUACCGCCGAAGACCGCCACAGGAACAACCGUGCCGGUCCUCGGACGCGCACUUACUCCCAGAAUGGCUUGCUGAAGCAGAUGGAGCGGUUGGUUCUGGCCGACCCGCACAGGCGAGGGAGUCACGAUGAGACCACGAUUCCCCAUUCUCGCCGCUUCCUGAUCCAGGUCGAGCCGACACUCGAGAGUCUACAAAAACAGGAGGACACGGAUAUGAAUAUGCAAAUCACCAUUGAAGACGCCGGGCCCAAGGUCCUCAGCCUCCGCACGGCAGCCUCCAAUGGCUACAACCGCUUCGACAUCCGAGGCACCUACAUGCUCUCCAACCUGCUACAAGAACUCUCGCUGGCUAAAGAGUAUGGUCGGAAGCAGAUCAUCCUGGACGAGGCGAGACUCAACGAGAACCCCGUCAACCGGCUAUCGCGUUUGAUUCGGGACCACUUCUGGGAGGGGUUAACUCGGCGCAUCGACGCUUCGAGCAUUGAGAUUGCAGCACGGGAUCCCAAGGACUGGACCGACGAUCCUCGGCCACGCAUCUACGUCCCGAGAGGCGCCCCGGAACAAUACGAGUACUACACAAAGCUGGCAAAAGAGAAGCCCGAUAUCCGGCUGGACGUGCAGCUGCUCCCGGAGAAGAUCACCCCCGAGCUUGUCCGAGAUAUGAAUUCGAAGCCCGGCCUGCUAGCUGUGGACAUGGAGGAGGUGACGGACCCCGAGACGGGGGAGAAGAAUUUGAGGGGCCGGCCGUUUGUCGUUCCCGGAGGGCGGUUCAACGAGUUGUACGGCUGGGAUAGCUACAUGGAAUCCCUCGGGUUGCUAGUCCACGACAGGGUCGACCUCGCCAAGUCCAUGGUGCUCAACUUCUGUUUCUGCAUCAGGCACUACGGCAAGAUUCUCAACGCGACACGGUCGUACUACCUCUCUAGGUCACAGCCCCCCUUCUUGACAGACAUGGCCCUCCGAGUCUACGACAAGAUUAAGCAUGAGCCUGACGCGGCCGAAUUCCUGCGGACUGCCAUCCUGGCGGCCAUCAAAGAGUACCACAGCGUCUGGGUGGCCGAACCUAGGUUAGACCCGGUUACCGGCCUCUCGCGGUACCGGCCUGAAGGCCUCGGUGUCCCACCCGAGACGGAGGCUGACCACUUCGUCCACAUCCUGGAGCCGUACAUCCAGAAGCACGGCGUCACCUUCAACGAGUUUGUCGAAGCGUACAACACGGGCAAAAUCAAGGAGCCCGAGCUGGACGACUACUUCAUGCACGACCGGGCGGUGCGUGAGUCGGGCCAUGACACCUCGUACCGCCUCGAGGGCGUGUGUGCCGACCUUGCCACCAUCGACCUCAACUCGCUCCUCUUUAAGUACGAGACGGAUAUCGCGCGCACAAUCCGUAACGUCUUUGGGGACAAGCUGGUCAUCCCAGCCGAGUACUGCGUCGGCGACAUGGUGCCCGGUCACGUCGAGACGUCGGCCAUCUGGGACCGCCGCGCCAAGCGCCGCAAGCUCGCCAUCGACAAGUACCUCUGGAGCGAGGAAUCUGGCAUGUACUUUGACUACGACACCGCCAAGCGCCAACAGUGCGACUACGAGAGUGCUACGACCUUCUGGGCCCUUUGGGCGGGGGUUAGCAGUCCCAAGCAGGCUGCCGCCAUGGUGACCAAAGCGCUGCCGAAGUUCGAGGCCGUUGGCGGCCUGCUGUCUGGCACCCAAAAGAGCCGCGGCGAGAUUGGGCUCGAGAGGCCAAACCGACAGUGGGAUUACCCCUACGGCUGGGCGCCGCAGCAGAUGCUCGCGUGGACGGGGCUGUACCGGUACAGCUUCACCGAGGAGGCGGAGCGACUCGCCUACAAGUGGCUCUUCAUGAUUACUAAGGCCUUUGUCGACUUCAAUGGCGUCGUGGUCGAAAAGUACGACGUCACGCGGCCCAUCGACCCCCAUCGUGUCGAUGCCGAGUAUGGGAACCAGGGUCUGGAUUUCAAGGGCGUCGCUAAGGAGGGAUUCGGCUGGGUCAAUGCCAGCUACAUCUACGGCCUGCAGAUCGUCAACGCCCAUAUGCGCCGGGCGCUGGGCACGCUGACCCCUUUCGAGACGUUUGUCAAGGCGGUUGAAGAGAACCGGGCCAAAGCACUUGCUGAGCUGGUUUGAGCGCCUUGGUUCGUCGACAUUGGGAAUGGGAAUGGAUUCCUUUGCACCCACGGCAUCAUUAGGCGUUUUGGGGAGAUUUUCUUGCUCUCUAUCUGCUCUCUCUGCCUCUUAGUGUGGAGGACCAGAGAUAGAGUCUUGUCUAAGUAGCCUAGAUUGUUGCAUAUUACCUGAGAUGGCUGCACGAGGGGAAGAGGGGGAGGGGGGAGGUCACCAAGGCCCGAGUAAGGAGAGAAAUCUGAAAAGGACAUUGCCAUGCUUGGAGGUGAAGGCAACGCCUCGGCAAGGUCACAGCAUUUCAUCGGUCCCUGUUAGUUAUGGUUUAAUAAUGUUAUGCAGGCAUCCAACAUAUAGCUAUUUAGGCAUGCAGUUAGCCCAAGUCACACUCCAGAACACACACGUAACCUAGCACACUGGCAGUAAGGUAACC